AUUAGCAUAGAUCAGCAAGCAGCCAGUAAACAAAAACAUACAAAGCUCUUAAGAAAACCAAGAAAAAAAGGGAAAAGAAUCAUCCUUUUCUUCUUCUUCUUUAAACUCCACUGAUUCUCUCUCCAAAUGAUUCACAUUUCCUUGCUCUUUCCUCUUCGUUAGAAGUAUAUCAUACUACGGGUACUUGUGAAUUUUGAAAUUUUUCUUUCUUUUCCUUUUCAUGGUCUCUCAUGUUACCGUUUGUUGCCUUCACCAUGGAGAUGGAGAAAAGGCUUCUCUUUUCAAUUCUUUUAUUCUCCCUGCUUCUUCUUUUGGAUUCCUCCUCAUCCCAGAUGCAAGGUUUUAUGAGUUUGAAUUGUGGUGGUGAAGGAAAUUUCACUGAUGAACUUGGCCUCGUGUGGUCCUCCGAUGAUUUUCUUAAAUACGGAGAAGCAGCUAGCAUAUCUGUUUCGAAUGAGACAAGAAAGCAGUAUAUGACACUGAGGCAUUUCCCUGCUGAUUCUAGCAAGUACUGCUACAAGCUUAACGUUGUAAGCAGGACUAGGUAUCUCAUAAGAGCAACUUUCUUGUAUGGUAAUUUUGAUAGCAAUAAUGUUUAUCCGAAAUUCGACAUUUCCCUUGGGGCUACUCAUUGGUCUACAAUUGUUAUAUCGGAUGCGAAUACUAUAGAGAAGGCUGAACUUGUAUUCCUGGCUACUAGCCCUACUGUUAGUGUCUGUUUAUCCAAUGCUACAACCGGGCACCCAUUCAUAUCUACCUUAGAGCUACGACAGUUCAAUGGUUCGAUUUAUUACACACCAUACGAAGAAAACUUUUAUCUCCAAAGCUCUGCUAGAAUCAACUUUGGUGCAGAAAGUGAAGCUCCAGUUAGGUAUCCUGAUGAUCCAUUUGAUAGAAUAUGGGAAUCAGAUUCUGUGAAGAGAGCAAACUACCUUGUCGAUGUUGCUACUGGCACUAUGAAAGUCUCGACGAACAAGUCAAUUUUCAUUGGUAGCAGUGAAAUGCCACCUCAAAAAGUGAUGCAGACUGCUGUAGUUGGCACGAACGGAUCACUAACUUAUCGCUUGAACCUGGAUGGUUUUCCUGGUUUUGGCUGGGCAUUUACGUACUUUGCUGAAAUUGAAGAUUUGGCUCCAGAUGAGUCCAGAAAAUUCAGGCUGGUGCUACCAGGCCAACCUGAUUUGAGCAAACCUGUCGUUAAUAUCCAAGAAAAUGCCCAAGGACCAUACCGUGUUUAUGAACCAGGAUAUCCUAACAUAUCCUUCCCUUUUGUAUUAUCAUUUAGAUUUGGGAAGACAUCUGAUUCUUCCAAGGGACCACUUUUGAACGCUAUUGAGAUAUACAGGUAUCUGGAGAAAAAUGAUGGUUCCGUGGACGAAGCGCUUGUUGCUACUGUGGUCACACUCCACCCAUCAGCUGACUGGGCGCAGGAAGGUGGUGACCCGUGCUUGCCUGUUCCAUGGUCAUGGGUGCGGUGUAAUCCAGAUGGGCAGCCAAAGAUAGUGUCAAUCCUUUUAUCCAACAAGAAUUUGACCGGGAACAUACCUUCUGAUUUUACGAAAUUAAGCGGUUUGGUUGAGUUAUGGCUUGAUGGGAAUUCCUUGACUGGUCCAAUACCAGAUUUUACUGGAUGUGUGGACCUAAAGAUCAUUCAUCUUGAGAACAAUCGCUUGACGGGUGAGCUGCCUUCAUCUUUAAUGAACCUACCAAACUUGAGGGAAUUGUAUGUGCAGAAUAAUAUGUUAUCUGGAAGAGUACCAUCAGGCCUUCUGAGUAAAAACGUGGCUUUGAACUAUGCUGGAAAUAUUAACCUUCAUGAUGUGGGUGGAAAAUCAAAACACCUUGGUACCAUUAUUGUUGGUUCAUCAGUUGGAGCUGCUUUUCUGCUCAUAUCUACGAUUUUGUCUUGCAUUAUUUUGCACAAGGGGAAGAAGAAACACAAACAAGAACAACUUAAUCAUCAGUUGCCUAUUCAAGGUCAGAGAAUUGCUUCUUCUUUGAAUAAUGCUUCCACUGAGGCUGCUAAUUGCUUUACGGUAGCCGAGAUUGAAGAUGCUACAAACAAUUUCGAGAAGAAAAUUGGUUCUGGAGGCUUUGGAGUAGUACACUAUGGGAAAUUGAAAGAUGGGAAGGAAAUUGCAGUAAAAGUUCUCACUAGUAAUUCCUUCCAAGGAAAGAGGGAGUUUACGAAUGAGGUGAGUCUCCUUUCAAGGAUACAUCAUAGGAACCUGGUACAGUUUCUUGGAUAUUGUCAAGAAGAUGAGAGGAGUAUGCUUGUUUACGAGUUCAUGCACUAUGGAACUCUCAAAGAACAUCUUUAUGGCCCUUUAACAAGGGAACAUGGUAUCAGUUGGAUAAAACGCCUUGAGAUUGCUGAAGAUGCUGCUAAAGGAAUCGAAUACCUUCACACGGGCUGUGUUCCAGCCAUUAUCCAUAGGGAUUUGAAAACUAGCAAUAUUCUUCUUGACAAGCACAUGAAGGCCAAGGUUUCAGAUUUCGGACUUUCAAAGCUUGCAGUUGAUGGAGUAUCACAUGUGUCGAGCAUAGUUCGAGGAACUGUGGGGUAUCUAGAUCCUGAAUAUUAUAUCUCGCAGCAGUUAACGGAUAAAAGUGAUGUCUAUAGCUUUGGUGUCAUUCUUCUAGAACUGAUGUCCGGCCAGGAAGCGAUAUCUAAUGAAAGCUUUGGUGUUAAUUGUCGGAAUAUUGUCCAAUGGGCAAAGUUGCAUAUCGAGAGUGGGGACCUUCAAGGAAUCGUUGAUCCUUACCUCCGCGAUGACUACGACAUUCAAUCAAUGUGGAAGAUAGCAGAGAAAGCUUUAAAUUGCGUGCAACCUCACGGACAUAUGAGGCCAUCGAUAUCAGAAGUUCUCAAGGAGAUCCAAGAUGCCAUCUUAAUCGAAAAGGAAGGGAUGAUGCUUAGAGAAGGUAACUCGGAUGAAAUGUCUAGGCACUCUGCCAUUUCUUCCCUUAACCCUGGUUCCUUGGAUAUGAUCGGUACCGAUAAUUACCUGUCGUUUGAUGAGUCUAUCGCACGGCCAGUCGCUCGAUAAUCUGUUGUUAGUCCAUGUACAAAGAAACAAUUCCUUCCAUUUUCAGUUUCAUAUAUUCUUUUUUUACAUUGCCAGAAUCUUGAAUCAUGUUCUAGGUUUUUGGAAAUUUCUAAUGCAUCCCACUCUUGAUAGCCAGGAAAGAUUAAAAAAAAAAAAGGAAAACAGAGAUGGGAAGAUGGUCCCAUAUGACAGAACAGGUUCAAAGUUUUUGAGG